UCGCAAUAUAAAUUUACGGACUUCCUUUGCUUCGAAAACCCUAAUACUACUGCGCCCAAAAAACAAGAAGAAAUGGGAAAAGGAACAGGAAGUUUUGGUAAGAGGAGAAACAAGACUCACACACUCUGUGUGAGAUGUGGUCGUCGCAGUUAUCAUCUUCAGAAGAGUAGAUGUGCUGCUUGUGGUUACCCAGCUGCUCGCCUUAGAAAGUUUAACUGGAGUGAGAAAGCUCUACGUAGAAAGACUACUGGAAGUGGAAGGAUGAGGCACCUUCGUAAUGUUCCUCGUAGGUUCAAGAGUGGUUUCAGAGAAGGAACUGAAGCAGCUCCAAGAAAGAAGGGUAGUUCAGCAUCUGCUUAAGGUGUAGAAGAAUCAUGUUGUGGGCUCAUUUUUGUAGUUUUUCUUUUAGUUGAUUCUCAGCAUCUACAAUGGUUCCAAAUCGGACGGUAAGGCGAGCUAAGAAAUACUUCUCUUUUGAGUGUCGCUCUAGACAGUUUUCUUCAUUUUGGAGGAGGAAAUAUACAUCUUCCGUUUUUGUUACUGACAGGAUCCAAUUUUAAUACCUUGGGAUAAUUUUUACGUUCAGUAUGUGUUGCUCAUAUAUUUCUUUAAGGUCUCAACUUUGUCAACCUUUUAAGCAUUCACACUACCUUUAUGCGGUAUUGUCAUAUCUUGAACUUGGUUCCA